GCCGUCGCCUCGCUCACGUGGCCGCGGCACAGAACCUGUGCACGGAACCCUGGUCCGAAAAGCGCGCCAGUCUUCGUCCGCCCCGCUCGGCUGUCACCCCCAGCGAUCGGCUUCCACCGCCCUCGUCUGCGUUGCAAACCCGCAAGCCCACAGGUCCAUCGGGAGAGCCUUCUGUCUGCCCCGUUUCCUCCAGCUCCCCUGCCGCCAUGUCGUCUGGCCAGAACCAAGACUCGCCGUCUCUUGACGAUCCCGCCAGCCGCGCCCCGCCCCAGAACUACACAUACGUGGGCAAUCUGUCGCCCUGGAUGAGCUUCACAGAUAACUCGGGCAUCGACCCCGCCCAGGUCGCCGCUUCGCCCAUCCCUGCACGAAAUGAGACCCCGUUCUACACCUACCAUGUGGAAAGGGCCAUCCAGCAUGAAGACAACAAAUACUGGGCCCAGCGUAUCAACGCCACUAAGCCGCAGCCCGAGAGCGACAACGACGCCGGUGCCGAGGCCCUGCGCGCCUCUGUCGGAGCCGUCAAUCUCAGCGGGCGGUCGUCCUUGUCGGCCGCCAAUUCUCUGGCUGACAUCUCAAAGUUCGCCAACAUGAGUCUGGCCGAGCGCCUGGCCAGCGUGACUGGCACAGCUGUUACAUCCGAGAGCGUCGCCAAUGGUCCUUCAAGCCAGAACAACCAAUUCGGAGGCGAACUGCCGGAGGAGCUCAAGAACACCUUCAAGGAGUUCCAGAAGUGCCUGGAGCUCCGUGGACGCUAUAUGAGAGCCAGUCUGCAGUGCGACGGCGACAAUCCCAAGGAUGCCGACGACUGGGUCAUCUAUCCGCCUCCACCUGCGCCAUCGUAUCCCCCGCCGGCCAAGGGCCAGCCCUUCAUUGAGCGAGCGCCAGUCAUUGUCGAUCAGUCUUUUGAGUUCGACAAGUGCGACAUCCCCCCCAAACACAAGUAUGCCUUCAAUCUGGCCGCCGAUGGUAUAUUCAAGGUGUACGACACUGAAGAAGCGGCUCAGAGCAGCGAGAGCCAGCCCAAGUACCAGGUCCCCACCAUCCGCAACUACUUCCAGGACCUAGACUACAUCCUGACGGCUAUUUCCGAAGGCCCGACAAAGUCGUUUGCGUUCCGACGUCUGCGCUAUCUCGAGAGCAAGUUCUCGAUGUACGUGCUCCUCAACGAGUACCAAGAGAUAGCCGACUCCAAGAGCGUUCCCCACCGCGACUUUUACAACGUCCGCAAAGUCGACACACACGUGCACCAUUCGUCGUGCAUGAACGCCAAGCAUCUCCUUCGGUUCAUCAAGUCGACGCUAAAGAAAUCGCCCCACGAGAAAGUGAUUGUCCGCGACGGCAAAGUCAUGACACUGCUCGAGGUCUUUGAGAGCUUGAAUCUCACCGCCUACGACCUCAGCAUCGACACCUUGGACAUGCAUGCCCACAAAGAUUCGUUCCACCGCUUCGACAAGUUCAACCUCAAAUACAAUCCCGUUGGUGAAUCCCGACUGAGAGAGAUCUUCUUGAAGACCGACAACUACACGGGUGGAAAGUUCCUCGCCGAUCUGACCAAAGAGGUCAUUUCGGAUUUGGAGGCCAGCAAGUAUCAGAUGUGCGAGUGGCGCAUCUCAAUUUACGGCCGGUCCAAGGACGAGUGGGACAAGCUGGCCAAGUGGAUCAUCAACAACAAGCUAUUCAGCGCCAAUGUGCGCUGGCUGAUUCAAGUCCCGCGCCUCUACAAUGUCUACAAGAAGUCGGGCAUCGUCUCGAGCUUUGAGGACGUCCUUCGCAAUGUAUUUGAGCCCCUCUACGAGGUUACCCAGGACCCAUCCUCCCAUCCGGAGCUGCACAUUCUUCUUCAGCGAGUGAUCGGCUUUGACUCUGUCGACGACGAAAGCAAGUCCGAGCGACGCAUUUACAAGAAGUAUCCGUUCCCGCGAGACUGGACCAUUUCCUUGAACCCGCCCUACUCGUACUACAUCUACUUUAUGUACGCCAACCUAUGCUCUCUCAACAACUGGCGAAAGGAGCGAGGCUUCAACACGUUCGUGCUUCGCCCACACGCCGGAGAGGCAGGCGACACCGAUCACUUGGCUGCCGCCUUUCUCACUUCCCAGAGCAUCAACCACGGCAUCCUCUUGCGCAAAGUACCAGCGUUGCAGUACCUAUACUAUCUCGACCAGAUUGGCAUUGCCAUGUCGCCGCUGAGCAACAACGCGCUGUUCCUUACCUACGAGAGAAACCCGUUCAUGUCGUUCUUCCAGCGGGGUCUGAACGUCUCUCUCUCGACGGACGAUCCACUACAGUUCCACUACACCAAGGAGCCGCUCAUCGAGGAGUACAGUGUCGCUGCUCAGAUUUGGAAGUUGUCGAGCACCGACAUGUGUGAGAUUGCCCGGAACUCGGUCCUGCAGUCUGGAUGGGAGCGCCAAAUCAAGAAGCACUGGCUCGGUGAUCGUUGCUAUCUGCCCGGACCGAUCGGAAAUGACAUCCAGAAGACCAACGUGCCCAACAUUCGCCUGGCGUACCGUUACCAGACGCUGAUGGAGGAGCGCUUCAUGGUCCUCGGCAGCCUGAAAGGAACCCGAUCGGUCGACCUCGACCCUGAAAGCCUGGCCGAGCUGAUCGAGAGCGAUGCUCUGCCCAGCAAGGCGCCCGAGCCGCCCCUGAACAUCGACCAGGUGCUCUCCGAACUUGGGUCCAUGAGCAGCCGGAGCCACAGUCCCCAACCAACCCAUCACGCCGAGCCCGCCGUUGUCGGUAGCGCAAGCACCGUCCGCGAUAAAGGCAAGUCCGCCGUCGUUUCGCCCAACCGACCCGCCGUCAGCUCGCCCUUGGUCUACUCCGAGCCCCUCUUGCGAUCACCGGCCUCCGUGGGGAUCUCGUCGCCAACCAGGCUGAUCGACCAGCAUGACGAGAACACGCCGUAUCUGCAAUUGAUUGCCCCGCUCGUGCCGCUGAUUCCAAGCGGACCGAUGCUCAUGCCGGGCGUGCUCCUGAGCCCUCAUCUCAACGAGAAGCGUCGCGCCGAGCACCACGACAUCACUGCGGUUUCCUCGUACAUCGAGAACGACAUUGCUCCGGAGGUGGACUGAGGUCUCGCGGGGGCUGCAUGCCACCGCCGACGCCUCCCCCGUGGAUCUGUUGGCUUCUGGUCAUGUUCUGAGGAGAGCUCUGCUCCCCAGUUGUCGACUGUCUGUGAUGCAGACCUAUGGAUCAAUACAGCCCUGCAUCUGGCGCUCUGCCUGUGAUAGUGAA